AAUAGCGCGCCAGUUGGCCUGCGUCCGCGCGGAACGCAUAGCGAAGUUAACGGUCUAUUCUUAGAAAAAUAGUUAUUCGGUAAAAUGGCGUCAGAAGUAAACGAGUGGUACAGAGGAAGAAAGGUGCUGGUGACUGGUGCUUCAGGACUAAUGGGAAAGGUCCUGAUAGAGAAACUUCUGUACAGCGUGUCUGACAUUGGUUGUGUUUACGCACUCGUGCGCAGCAAACGCGGCAAAACGCCUGAAUCGCGGAUUGAGGAUAUGUGGAAAUUACCUUUAUUCUCACGAAUAAGAGAAGAGAAACCGCAUGUCAUGAAGAAACUGGUGCCAAUUACAGGAGACAUAAUGUACGACGACCUUGGCAUCGAAAAGACACAGCUGGAGAAAAUGUAUGACGAAGUGUCUGUAGUGUUCCACUUUGCUGCCAGUCUUCGUUUAGAGGCACCACUGAAAGAGGGUCUCGAAAUGAAUACCAAAGGAACUCUCCGUGUGCUCGACGUUGCUAAGAAGAUGAAGAAUCUCGUGGCGUUCGUGCAUUUGUCUACAGCUUUCUGUUACCCAGAUUAUGAGAGAAUGGCUGAGAAGGUUCACGAUCCACCAGCGAACCCUCACGACGUGUUGCGCGCCGCGAGUUGGUUGUCGGAAGAACAGCUCAACGUUCUAGCGCCAUCUAUGAUGCAGAAGCAUCCAAACUCGUACACUUAUUCCAAACGCCUAGCCGAAGCGCUCGUAAAAGAGAGCUACCCUCAAAUCCCAGCAGUUGUAGUACGGCCGAGCAUUGUGACACCGUCAUACAAGGAACCGACACCCGGUUGGGUAGACAAUCUGAAUGGACCGAUUGGUUUGAUGAUCGGAGCUGGUAAAGGUGUUAUCAGAACAAUGCAUUGCUAUGGUUACUACCAUGCAGAGGUUAUACCCGUGGACAUUGCUAUCAAUGCUAUAAUUCUCAUACCAUUUUAUAUUAACACAAAAAUCGAAAGACCGGCUGAAAUUCCAGUCUUCAAUCUUACGUCAGGUGACGAUAGAAACACGACAUGGAAAGAAGUUUUGGACAUUGGAAAGGCAACUGUCCGUAAAUUUCCGUUUGAAGGUCCACUGUGGUAUCCCAAUGGAAAUAUUAGACAUAGCAAAAUAAUCCAUCAGUUGUGUGUGUUCUUCUACCACAUAAUUCCGGCAUAUUUUAUAGAUUUCUUGAUGCUUUUAUUUGGGCAGAAACGAUUCAUGGUUCGCAUACAGAAUCGUAUUUCCGUCGGUCUGGAGGUCCUCCAGUACUUUACAACUCGUGAAUGGUGGUUCGACACGCACAAUUUUAAGGCCCUAGCGACUAAACUGAAUCACACGGACUUCGCUACUUUCCCGAUGAAUCUAGCUAUUAUCGAAGUUGGCCCAUACAUUGAAAGUUGCAUGAUAGGUGGUAAGCUGUACUGUUUAAAGGAAAAAUUGGAGAAUCUACCUAAAGCGAGACUGCAAAAUAAUAUAUUAUUCUUGUUAGAUCUGCUGGUGUCUAUAUUCUUUUAUUUAUUAAUUGUUUAUUGGUUGGUUAUUUUGUUUGAACCGCUACGUACACUACUGAGUUACGGAGGACCGUUUGUUAGAUAUUUGCCUUUAGUUGGAAACGCUGUGUUUGGACACACGUAAAGAGAUUUAUAAAUUUUACUUAUUUAUAUUUAUACCAAACUAAACUAGAAAUGCAAAUAAUAUAAAAUUAUAUAAAAGACAUAUGUCUUCUUUAUAUGCUUUUGACUUAAUGGAUUUUAAUAUAAACAACUCAAUUGUAACUUUGGUCAUUCCAUGUUUAAAUAAUUAUUAUACUUACACUAAUAUUUAAAUAAAGUGUAAUAAGUAAAGAAGUCUUGCGACUACA